UCUGGUAGCCAUGAAUUUCAGCUAGCUUGCCACCGACAACUGGUUGGUACACUUGAGUAAGUCCAUCCAUGUCAAGACACAAGAAGGAUUUUCUUAGUCCUACGCUGCUUCUGAGUACAUAUAGGGCCUCUCCAUCCCGCCUAUCGUCCUGCUGUGAAUCGGAUUUGGCUGGCUCACCAAAGAGACUGCAAGACCUUGGUGCAGAGCUUUUCUUGUUCCUGUUAACUUCAAUAAAAAAGGAUUUCUAAAUACAGAUUUGUGCCAGAAGAUGAACGGCCUGUCCAUACGAGAGCUAUGCUGCCUCUUUUGCUGCCCCCCCUGUCCCAGCCGCAUUGCAGCCAAACUGGCUUUUCUCCCUCCAGAGCCCACUUAUGCUUUGCUCCCCGACCCAGAUCCUGGAUCUGGAGCAACAACCGUUUCUGCCGCCAACUCUGGAGCUGCUCCACCGUCACUCGGGGCGCCGGGACUGCGUUCACGGCUGGGUAAUGCCAGUGGAUCAGACAGAGGAGGCGGUGGAGGAGGUGGUGGUGGGAGUGGCGGCGGAGGAGGAGGAGGCGGAGGAGGAGGAGGCGGCGGCGGCAGUAGUGGCGGUGCUGCCACCACCAGCAGCAGUAUCAGUGGGCCUGAAGGCAGGUGGAAGUUGCACCUCACAGAAAGAGCCGAGUUCCAGUAUUCACAGAGAGAACUGGAUGUGACCGACGUGUUCCUGACCAGAUCUAGCCGAGGGAAUAGGGUCGGGUGCAUGUACAUACGCUGUGCUCCCAAUGCCAGGUUCACAGUGUUGUUCUCACAUGGAAACGCCGUAGACCUGGGUCAGAUGAGCAGCUUCUACAUCGGCUUAGGCACCCGCAUCAACUGCAACAUCUUCUCCUACGACUACUCAGGCUAUGGUGUUAGUACCGGCAAGCCAUCUGAGAAGAACCUUUACGCAGACAUCGAUGCUGCAUGGCACGCCCUGCGCUCUCGGUAUGGUAUCAGCCCUGAAAAUAUCAUCCUGUAUGGACAGAGCAUUGGCACAGUGCCCACAGUAGAUCUAGCAUCAAGGUUCGAGUGCGCUGCAGUGGUCCUUCAUUCUCCUCUCACCUCUGGCAUGAGGGUGGCCUUCCCUGACACAAAGAAAACAUACUGCUUUGAUGCGUUCCCCAACAUCGAGAAGGUUUCAAAGAUCCCAUCUCCAGUGCUCAUCAUUCACGGUACAGAAGAUGAGGUGAUCGACUUCUCCCACGGCCUCGCCCUGUUCGAGCGCUGUCCCAAGGCCGUGGAGCCCCUGUGGGUGGAGGGGGCCGGCCACAACGACAUCGAGCUUUACAGUCAGUACUUGGAGAGGCUACGGCGUUUCAUCAACCAGGACCUGGCUGCGCAGCACGCCUGAGAAACAAGCAGCCUCUAUGUGUUUGUAUCUAUGACACUGUGUAUGUGUGUGUGUGGAAGCAUGUUUGCAAUGAACGCGUGAAUGAUUUCGGUCACAUCUGUGUGUCUUUAAAGCAGCACACCUACAGGUUCAACACAAACACGACCUACGUUGUGUUUCCUGUUUUUAAAGGUGACAAAAUUUUUUAAAACGUCAUUAUCUUUAUACAUUUGUACAGUGUUGGUGAAACACUAUGGAACAGAUCAAGUCAUUUCAGAGCUGCAGUGUCAUAGGACGACCUGGAAUUGCAGCCUCAAAACACGUCGACUUAAUUCAAUUGAUAAGUGAGAGAUUUUUGUCCACAAAGGCACACAGAUGUAAUUCUGAAGUGGUGUUGGUGAGAAUGCUGUGAUUGUGUGUGUGUGUGUGUGGGGGUGUGUGUGUGUGUGUGUGUUCAAACCUCUCUGGAUCUGUGCGCACACAUUAGUAUGUGUGAGUGAAUGUGUGUAGAAAUGAAGGACAUCCUGAUGACUUGGAAACCUACAGUAGUGGAAGGCUAAUGAGGACAUCAAUAUUGAUGAUUCUUUUUGUUUUUUAAUCAUGUAAUUUGUGUAUUAUGAAGAAUACCUCCACAGUUUGACUAGUUCUCUUUUCCAGUGGACAAUUACUGAUCAAGCAUGUAUCCUCCCCCUCUUCACUACUUGUUUACCUUUUUAAUGGACAUCAGUCUGACUGCCAGGGCAUUCCCAAGUUUUUCUCCAGCUAACACUAACCUACUUAAUGUGUGGUUUGGGGUGAUCUGUCUGCAGACCUCUUGUUGUAGCCUGAAAUCCUUUCACAGCUUGCAUGGCUGCAGAGAGUCUCAUACUUUCCCUCAUUAUUAAUUCUCAAAAGGCCAACUUUCAUGUCUUUUACAGACCUAAACUUUCCACUAAGUAGCAGAAACAAGUUUUAGGGAAUAAAUUAAUUUCCCAUUCAGAAAAAAAAAAAUUAAUAAUAAUUUCCUUGGUUUUUAAACGCAAGUCUGCUCUGUCAUUUCAUCAUGUAAACCCAGAGUGGGCGCGCUGAAAGAUAAAAAAAAACGUUUGCAGACACUCCAGGAAGUGGCUGCUUCUGAACAAGAAGCGGUAAAGAACGUAGCACCUCAUUAGACCGCGAUGAGGUGACGCAGUGGAGGGGUUGUUGUGUUUAAAAGGUUAUGGCAACAAAAGUUAUAAUGAUGUGUGAGUUAUUUAAUGUUCUUGCUUAUGAGGUAGAAUGGAACAGAAUGCAACUUUCUCACUUUUUUUUUCUUACAAAAAAGAAUUUGGGAAUAGAUUUGCAUUUAUUUUGGAUUUUCUUUAAUCGACUCAAACUUUAAAUACAUCCUUGUUGAUAUUUGGAUAUAUGUCUCAUAGUAAGUUGAAGGCAAGCCACAGAAGGUUCAGGAAACUUUUAACAUGUUUGUGACAGAAUCUUGCCUGAAUAUCUGAACAUGGAUCCAGCUUUUAAAGACAGUCUCGUAGUUUCUCACUGAGGCUUAGUUUCAACAUAUUCCAAAAGCUUGAUGUCGGUCUGCUUAAAAACCAGUUUCUAUUUAUACUUGGGAUCAUCGUUCCUGUUGAAAACACAGUCAUUGCUUUGGUCUGAGUUGAGUAAUUUGGAGGCAGUCCUUAAUCUUUUUUUAUUGUUUCUGUACUGCUGCCAGCAGAAUUGACCUCUCAGCAUGAUGCUGCCACCACCCUUUGUUGGUUAAAUAGAUUUGCGUUUGAAAGCCUCACCUUCACACUUUCAACUUCUCAUUGUCUCCUCUGACUAUAAAUCGUUUCUCCCUAAAACCUUUAGCUUGACUUUGUGGCCAGCUGCAGAUUUCAGGUUUUGGAGCAGUUCUUUCUUGCUCUGCUGCCUCUCAGUCCUCACUGAUAUUAAACUCGGUCCACCGGACAUUGACUCUGCUGUUUCAGCAGCUUCCACACCCCAGACAAUUUCCUUUCAUCCACAGCUGACAACUUGGAACAGACAAACUAUUUAAAUUUAAAGUUUUGGAAAUAUUCAAGUCAGAAUAUUUAGCCAGAAUUUGCUAAGACAUUUAUCCAAAGUAUAAGGACAUAUAAGGACAUGUAUUUUGUGAUUUGAAAAAGUGAAGUUGUAUAAUCCUUUCACCCUGGGAAAAUUAAGUCUAAAAUAAAACAGAAAAUUAUG